AUGGAGCAAUACAUCCUCAACAACGUCGCCCGCUACGAAAAGCUCGUUGCUGAGUUUAGACCGACGACAUCAGGCCCCAAAGAGAGCGAUAAAACCGAGACGAACCCGGAGAUUGUGGUGAGCGCGAGGGUUCGGCCGAUGCUGGAUGAUGAGCUCGCCCAAGGCUUCCCUGUUGGCGUUUACAUCCGUGAUGGCACCAGCAUUGUCGACUUGCACGAGAUACAACAACCCGUGAGAGGGCCCGCGAGAAUCAGGUCUUUCGAUUACUCGGUGGACAGGAUGUAUGGCCCGGAUGCCACGACUGGCCAUCUCUACAAGGAUUUGGUCCAUCCGCUGGUCCCUUGGGCCUGGGGUGGGGGCAUUGGGACCAUGUUUGCAUACGGUCAAACCGCGUCUGGCAAGACUCUGACAGUCAGCGGUCUGCAGCGGCACGUGGCCGAGACUCUGAUGGAUGGGUCGUUGGACGGCGAGAGGAAGAUCUCUAUGUCUAUUAUUGAGCUGGCGGGCCAAACGGCAUAUGAUCUCCUCAACGACCGCAAGCAAAUCUCCAUCCUCGAGGACUCGUUCGGCGUCACCCAGAUGGUCGGAGCCUUGGAGCACCAUGUGACCGACAAGGACACGCUCCUCAGGUACAUCGAUGCCGCCGCCGCCCUGCGCAGCACCACGCCGACUCUCAGGAACGACAACUCGUCGCGCUCGCACGCUAUCUGCCGCAUUCGCUUCGAGAACCCUCAACUCCCCAACGCCAAAGACGGUCUUCUUUACCUGAUCGACUUGGCAGGUUCCGAAGCCGCCCGCGACAAGAGCACUUUGACCAAGACGCUGAAACACAUCUUCGACCCGACCAGCACCCGCAGCUGCAAGACGGUCGUCGUGGCCUGCGUCAACCCUUGCCUGGCCGACCUCGGCGCCAGCAAGAACACCAUGCGCUACGCCGAGAUGCUGCGCGUGCCCAUGCCCAAGGCACAGCCCCUGGAAUACACCCCUGCCAUGCCCGCGACCUGGAACAACGACCAACUCCGCAACUGGAUCCAACACAACUCCGGUACGCCCCCCAUCAACGCCCUCAUCCUCGCCCCAUCCGAGAACGGCCCGCAGCUCCUGCGCCUGCCUGUCCCCGAGUUUGUCACGCGCUGCCUCAAGACGGCCGGCGUCUCGGUCGAUCAGGCCCGCGCCUUCAACACCAAACUCUGGAAGCUGCACAUCGACUCGCAGCGCAACGCCGCCAAGCCGGGGUUGCCUGCCGCCGCCAAAUCAGCCGGAAUGGCAGCGGCGGCGGCGCCCUCCCGUCUAGAGCUGCUCGACUCCAGCGUUGAUCCGGAGCCGGACGCACGUCACAUCCCGUUCAAGGAGCGCAUCCGCCCGGGCAUGGUGGUGCGCUGGAACCCGCCGCCGGAGUAUGAGUCUUUUAGGGUGUAUGGGAUAGGUCAUGCAAUGAUUAUGUGCCCGGUGCAGGCGGCAGGGGAGAGGGCGAGGGAUGUGAGGGGUGAACCGGUUAGUGGUAUGGAGGGCUAUCUGUGCGCGGCGGUCAUGCCUGAUGUGGCGUCAGGCUCGUUCGGGGUUAAGUUGUGGCGGCAGGUUGUGGUGAAGGUGGAGGAGAUGCAGGCCGAGAUCGCGCUGGAGUGGGAUGACGCCAGCCGGUACUACUAUAUGGGCGUUUAA